UGACAGACAUAAAAACAUUAUGGCGCUCUUCUUAAUAAAUAUAAUCAGUACACAAAGAUUACUCUGUGAGCCAAAUAUGCAAGAGUACCUGAAUCUACGCGAACUACUGUUCAUUGUAUGAACACUAGAAGAAUAUAAAACGGAAAUCCGAAAGUAACGUUAUUCUUUAUUUUAUGACAUGUUAUUACGUUUAUUUUAUGAGGAGUUACAACUCAGUAGUCUAUAAAAUAUUUUACAAGCGUUGAGUGUACAACAUACCUUACGACGAUUUCUUCUAAGAUUUUACACACAUUUAAAAUUAUUUGCCAAAGCAUCACAAUGUUGAGUGGUGGUUAUGAAAUAAAUGGGUGUACUAAUCUGUCGACGUAAAGAAAUAGUCCCGGACCGCCCUCUGCUGUAACACAUAUUUUAAACACCAAGACCUGUGAAAGUGGCUUAAACUUCAAUGUUUGAUUUCCUUUCUAAUACUAUAGCCUACAGUUGGUGUUAGUUGAAUAAAGUGUCGAAAUUGAGCGUACCGUUAUAUGCGGAUUGAUUUACUGACUGUAUUGGUAAAUAUGAUCACGUGAUUCAUGUAACCAAUCGCUGAAGAUGAAGCCAGCAAAAAUACUAUGAUUGUUCAGAGGGAACGUAUCUUUAACAGUGUAGCCUUUUAUAUGAGUACGAAGAGAUCCAAAAAUGUCGACUAGUAGUACACUUAGUAACUAUUAUGUAGACUCAAUAAUAGGACAUGAAGCAGAGGACGUGUACGGAGCUCGUUUUGUUCAGAGCUCGCACACCGCGACCUCAAGGCCAUCAGGUGCAGGAGAUAAUGCAGAUUUUUCGUCUUGUAGCUUUGCACCCAAAUCCGCCGUCUUCCCCACGUCUUGGUCCUCGGUUCACCCACAGUCUACAGCCGUUGCAGGGAUUUACCAUCCCUACGUACACCAGCCCCAACUCGCAGGCACAGAAAACAGAUAUGUCCGCUCCUGGAUAGACCCAAUCUCCAACUCCGUUUCUUUUUCCGGCUUCCAUCCAAGCAGUCGACACUACGGGACAAAGCCCGAAAGUUUACCGUCGAAAAGGACUGAGUGCGCCGCAUUCGAAGCACAGACUCCUGUCGUUCCGGACUACAUUUGUGGAGCAGUAUUGGAAAACAAGGAUAAAGCAACCAAAGAACCGAUUGCCAGCGACAUUUCGAGCCACGGUGAGCCCAAAGAAGAGAAGCAGCAGCAACUUGACCCAAGCAACCCAGCUGCUAAUUGGAUUCAUGCACGUUCCACAAGAAAGAAGCGAUGUCCUUACACAAAAUAUCAGACCCUAGAACUGGAAAAAGAAUUCCUUUAUAACAUGUAUCUGACAAGAGAUCGCCGUUACGAAGUUGCUAGAAUUCUUAAUUUGACUGAAAGGCAGGUAAAAAUCUGGUUCCAAAACAGAAGAAUGAAAAUGAAAAAGAUGAACAGAGAGAGGGGCAGUAAGGAUCAACAAUGACUAACGCCAGACUCAAAGAGCAAGGACUGAACUGUUUUACCUACCCUCUUUGAUGUAUAUGUGGUAUAAGUAAUGUGCUAGAGUAACACUUUGAUUAGGAGCCUGUGUAUAAAACAUUGUUUAGUUUGUCCAUACAUGUUAUGGAAAGGUUAAAAUGUCUGCACAUGUGCUUUAUUGCUUUUUAAGGAAAUAAAUGUUGAGUCUUAAAAUGAAUUGCAAAUUGUAUCCCCAAGUAAAUAUGUAAUUUUAAAAUUUUAAACAAUGAAUGUUAAAGUAUUUCCAAAAUAUUCUCUGUAAAUAAGUAGAUUUGUAUUGUUAUGUUUUCAAAAUCGGCUUUGCAAAUCUAUGAAGCGCACAAAGGUGAAUUGUAUCAAUGGCCGAAAAAACGCGUGGCUAACCAUAUCAAAGACGUUAUUGAAUUUCAAAUUAAUUGACAGGCUAGUUUGUGUUAUUUGUCAUAUUUUACUAAAUACAAAAAUUAGAUCAAAGUAUAUAGCCUAUAGUCAAACUGAGACAAACAGUUAUUCGACUUCUUCAAAUUCUAAACAUCGUGCAAUGAUAAAUACAAAACCCCAUUGUUUUAAACCAGUCUCUUUAUAAAUACAUUCUUCGGGUGCAAUAUUUGAAAAAGAACUUAUCAGAAUUUGCCUUCUGGAGAUAAAAUGUACAAUUUUAUUUGAAAACCAGUUUAACCUGCGUUUUAUAGGUUAAAAUAUGGCCUAAAUUAAGAACAUAUGCGACAUUAGGCUACUCGGGCACAGUGUGCUACAAUCUCAACUAGCGUACCGUUACGUAGGAAAACACCACUUCUACGGUUUAAAGCCACUUAUCUUCGGUGAAUGUUAAUUUCCUUUCGCUGAACCUCACCAUUAAUAUAAUGGUUUCGUGCUCUGGACGUCAAAUAGCCUACUUACGGCAUUGUACUUGGCCAGGAGGAUCUGAAUGAGCAGUUGCUCUCCUAACUCCAUAGCCUUCAUUGUAUACUAUAAAUAAAUAUAACGUCCUUUACCAUAUACAAAUGCAACUGUGUGAUAAUCGAUGAUAUGUGGCCUUGAUAUCAGGCCAACUCUGUGUUUAAUAAUAUAACUUCCGACUAACAUUUGUUUUGGGCCUACAUAGCACCGAAAAUAAUAGCGUUAAAAACUGCUGUUUUAGCUAGUCAAAUCAGAGCCUUCUUUUCAAGACAUUUUUUUUUUAAAACCUCCGUAAAUUUGUAUUUUAAUUCUGCAAUUGGUGUUGCGGCCAUUCGAUUUCCACAUGCCUGUUUUAGGAAUCCAUUGUUGGAAUAUAUCCCACUAAUAAAGUGUGUAUUAUUGAGG